AAAGUUUGACAUCAAAAUAAAUAUGUCCGACUUGUGCUUUUUCAUGAAAUUCGUUGUUUAUUCUACGCUAUGAUAUCUACGUUUUUCUCUAAGCUUUCCUUGAGUAACACAGCAAAAACUCCUGUAGAACUCGCCAAGCCCGCAUAUAUGGACAAAAGUGCAACUUUACAACAGCUCGGAUACAACAAUGAGAAUGAUUUGAAAGAGACGAUUUAUGACUUUUUGCGGACGAUACGCGACCCGGAAAAGCCGAGUACCCUUGAGGAUCUCAAGGUUAUUUAUGAGGAGGGAAUCUUUGUGAAGGAACCCACGGCCGACAACGUCCCCGUGCUAAGAGUCGAGUAUAACCCCACUGUGCCGCACUGCUCGCUGGCGACCCUUAUUGGCCUGUGCAUCAGGAUCAAAAUACAACGGUCCAUUCACCACCCUGUAAAGCUGGAUAUCUACAUCAAAAAAGGUGCUCACACUACAGAAGAUGAAAUCAACAAGCAGAUCAACGACAAAGAGCGCAUCGCAGCCGCGAUGGAGAACCCGAACUUGAGGAGCCUGGUCGAGAACUGCAUCGCAGACGAGGAGUGAACGCGUCCAAAACUGUUCAUCCGUCCCAUUAACUGUUCAUA